AUGGCGAGGGCCGCCGCGCUCGCCUCGAGCCUGGAGGCCGUGCUGGGCAGCCGCCGCCAACGCCACCGCGUCUUCGAGAUCCUGGAGCCGCUGGCGGCCCAGGAGGAGGAGGAGGACAUCGUGAGCGCCGCCAGGACCUGCAGCCGGCUGUUCGGGGCGCUGCUGGAGCGCCGGGAGCUGUUCGUGGGGCCGCUGCCCGCCCAGGACGCCGCUCUGGCCGAUCGGUACAGCGCCGAGGACAAGUACAAGAUAUGGAUGAGGCACCGCUACCAGGACUGCGUGGGCUGCCUGGGCGAGCUGAUGGGGCACGACGCCUUCCAGGUCAAGGAAUUGUCACUCUGCACCCUCAUGAAGUUUGUUGAGUUAGAGGCACAGUAUCCAUUGAUCAAAAUAGAGUGGAAGGGGACUUUGACUUUUCCUUUUGACCUCCUUAAGGUGGUUGUUGAUGGUUUGCUUCCUGUAAAUGAGGAUGCUUCACUCCUGAUCUCUCGCUUCCAAGAGUACAUGGAGUAUGAUGACGUUCGGUACUUUGUCAUGAAGGCAGUCACUGCCAAUAUUGGACAAGUCAUGCAAAAGACAAAAGAGAGGCCGCUGCCCUUUUACCAGCAGAACGUGUUUUCCCUCAUUUCACCCAUUAACAUGCCAAACAAAGAGUCUGACAUGGUCAAGUUUAUGGUGAAGCAAGAAAAUCGUGAGGAAUUGAAAAUGUCGAAGCUGCAGGCACACAGGCAGGUGUUUCAGAAAAUGUGGCUCACUUUUUUGAAGCACAAGCUGCCCACUGGCCUUUACAAGAAGGUUCUUGUCAUUCUGCACGACUCUGUCCUGCCUUACAUGAACGAACCUACUCUCAUGAUGGACUUCCUGACAGUGGCCUAUGGCAUAGGUGGAGCAAUCAGUCUUCUAGCCCUAAAUGGAUUGUUUAUUCUGAUUCAUCAGCAUAAUUUGGAGUAUCCUGACUUUUACAAAAAGCUGUACAGUCUGUUAGACCCUUCCAUAUAUCACGUGAAGUACCGAGCUCGCUUCUUCCAUCUGACUGAUCUGUUUUUGUCUUCAUCUCACUUGCCAGCGUACCUGGUGGCAGCGUUCAUAAAGCGGCUCUCCCGGCUGGCCCUCACGGCUCCUCCCGAGUCCCUCCUCAUGAUCAUUCCCUUCAUCUGCAACCUCUUCCGGAGACACCCCGCCUGCAGAGUGCUGGUGCACAGACCUGGUGGGCCAGCAGAUAUGUCAGAAGAUCCAUAUAUUAUGGAGGAGGAGGAGCCAUCUGAAAGCAGAGCUUUGGAGAGCUCCCUCUGGGAGAUUCAGUCUCUCCAGAACCAUUAUCACCCAGAUGUGGCCAAAGCAGCUGCUGUCCUGAAUCAGUCACUGUCUGAGAUGGAGGAUGACAUAUCAGGGCUCCUGGAGCUCUCAGGUUAUGAGCUUUUUGAUAAAGAAGUAAAGAAAAAGGCUACCGAUGUGCCCCUGGAGUUUGAGCAAGUACGAGGUUUGUUUGGGAAGAAAAAUGAUAUUUUUGCAGAGCACUUCAGUUUAGAUUGAUGCCAUCUCUUACAAACACACCUGUGCAACUCCCUGAUCUUAGGGACACUCACAGAGCUCCCAUGUGCUCUGCAAUCCUUCCCUGUGAUGGAGCUGGACUGCUUGGCAGAGGUGCAGCCUUCCUCGGUGACCUUUGCCACUACCCCUGGAUGGACUUCCCUGCGUUUCUCACGCUUGCAAACUGCUGCCACUUGGUAUUUGGGAGGGAUUUUUUCUGGGAGCAAGCUUUUCUGGACUGGUUCAUGGCUG